CGCUGAUCAGUCUUUGACGAGCACAGUAUGUUGAGGCGCAUCAUCCCUAGUCUGGCUCCCAGGGCUUCCGUCCUCCCCACUCCAGUGAAGACCAUGUCUCAGAGAUCUCACAUCUUCACACCCAUGGAUUGGAUGUUCUACUACUUCCCCAACUACUCGAGAGACAAGGUCGCUCUGAUGGCCAGACAAAUAAAGAUUCAUUUCGCUAUCGGCUUCGCAUUGGUGUUCCUCGUGUAUCACCCGCCAUACAAGGGAGCCGAUUACGAGAACUUCCACAAGAGCCCACUAUAUUGGUAUAAGUACAACCAGCUGGAGCGGAGUGGACAGCUUCAGGAGAACUUGCGCAUCAAAAGAGACUGGUUCUACGAUGAGGAUCCGAAUGCCUCUUGAGAGGAACGAGCAUUGCGGCUAAGGGACGAUUGUCACAACAUCACAGUAGUUGCUAGCAG